CUUUAUAUCACGAAAUGAAUAAUUUGUAGUUGAAAAAUUGAAACAAAAACUCAUUUGUACCGCGCACCAAGCAGCAACUUUUAAUUUUUUUAACCGACCUGAACUAUGUGUCACUGACGUCCAAACGACUGCAGUGUCUCCUUUCGCUUUCUCUCUUUUUGCUUUUGGAAGUAAAGCAUCGACUUUUUUCUGUAAUGGCAGAGACGGAUGUUCAUUGGAAACCCAUGCUGGUUGGUGGAGCGGCUGGUCUUGUUGCAGAAACCUUGGUAUUCCCUAUUUCAACCAUCAUUACUCGAGUGCAGUCGUCGGUUCCGUUUUAUCAGACAGGUGGAUUCAAACAUUUGUAUCGCGGACUUAGCAGUGUUCUAGUGAGCACGCUUCCGUCAACCUCGUCGUUUUUCUUUGUCUAUGAAUAUGCAAAGCAAAAACAGCAACCAGGUACUCGAAACCACCUUGUAUCUGCUUCUGUAGCUGAAUUUUUUUCUUGUGGUAUUCUAGCUCCUGCUGAAGCCAUUCGACAACGAGCGCAAACAUCGCGGUUGUCUUUACCCAACAUUAUAUUUACCUUUUUUCAUUCUCGCAAAGAUGUAUGGCAGUCCUUUAAAGGAAUGGCUAUACGGAAUGUUCCCGCUACAGCAUUUCAGUUUGUUCUUUAUGAGAACUUCAAGUCAAAAUUUACAGCUUCCGAUAAGUUGUUUGGUGCUCCCAAGGGUGCUGCUUUGAGCGGAGCCAUAACGGCAGCCCUUCUGACACCUUUAGAUGUCAUAAAAACACAAAUUAAUCUACAGCCUGACGAUUACAAGACAACUAUUAGGCGAAUCUAUCAACUUCAUGGUGCUUUCGGGUUUUUCAAAGGUCUUACAUUACGUGUCUUUGCUGCUUCUUUGGGACUAUCUAUAUACCUGGGAACUUAUGAAUAUUUCAAAAGCCAUUUCCGUAUUAAACGACUUCGGGAUGCCCGUUUUGAAUAAAACUACCUUUCUUUCGUUCUAGAAUGUUUGAACUGGCAUACAUAAUAGGAUUGGUUGGUCCAUCCAAAGAAAGAAAAGGUCUCUCUCUAUUACGUUUCCGCAGUCAUUUCAUGCUCCAACUGAGAACACUAACGUUUUCACAUUUUUGGAUUCUUUUUGCUAUACUCUGUACUUUAUGAAAUAUAAAUGAAAACUUUGGCUCUUUUCUUCCUCUUUAAUUUGUUUACUAUAGCGUUAUAACGUUUUCCUUAGAACAAUCAUAUAAGCAUUUACCAUA